AUGGAGAGUCUCACCAGCGACAAUGUCACGGCGGCUUUCCAGUCGCCGCUGGCCGAUGGACAGAUCAGACUUGGUGCGACCACUUCAUUUGCAUCUGCACUUGUCUCGAGAUAUCUAGACCAGCUGAAUAUCUGGACGGGCCUUUUGACGGUGCUACUGCUCGCAAUAACAUACGAUCAAUGUAGCUACAAAUGGCAGAAGUACGGCAUCGAAGGCCCAGCAUGGAAGAUUCCGUUCAUGGGCCCAUUCCUCGAGUCCGUAUGGCCUGACUUCGAGGCAUACAAAGCCAAAUGGCGAUCAGCCGAGUUGAGCUGUGUCGGUGUCUUUCACAAGUUCGUAGUCCUCGCAGGGACGCGAGACAUGUCGAGGAAGAUCUUCAACUCCCCAGCCUUCGUCAAACCAUGUGUAGUCGACGCCGCCUACAAGCUUCUGCGACCGGAGAAUUGGGUCUUCCUCGACGGCAAGGCCCAUGUUGACUACCGCAAGGGCCUCAACGGUCUGUUCACACGACAAGCCCUCGAGUCGUAUCUGCCAGGUCAGGAGGAGUGCUACGACAAGUACUUUCAAGACUUCACACGCAUAACACGCGAGCACCAGGGCAAGCCGAUCCCGUUCAUGACCACCUUCCGCGAGCUGCAAUGCGCUGUCUCCUGCCGUACUUUCCUCGGCCAUUACAUGAGCGAGGGCGGCGUCAAGAUGAUCGCGCGAGACUUCUACUACAUCACCGCCGCACUCGAACUCGUCAACUUCCCCAUCAUCCUCCCCUUCACGAAAUCCUGGUAUGGCAAGAAAGCCGCAGACGUCAUGCUAGGCGAGUUUUCAAAAUGCGCCGCAAAGUCAAAGGUCCGCAUGGCAGCUGGCGGCGAGCCAAACUGCAUCAUGGACAGGUGGGUGCGCCAGAUGCAGGACUCGACCAAGUACCGCGAACGGAUUGCCAGAGGCGAGACCGUCGACCCGUCAGAAAAGCCACCACAGGUCCUCCGCGAAUUCACCGACCUCGAAAUCUCCAUGACAAUCUUCACAUUCUUCUUCGCUUCCCAAGACGCCACCAGCGCCGCCUGCACGUGGCUGUACCAGCUUAUGGCCGACCGACCGGAAUGGCUCGACAAGGUGCGCGAGGAGAACCUGCGUGUGCGGAACGGCGAUCGCGAUCAGAGACUCAGCCUGGAGCUGCUCGAGGCCAUGCCCAUCACCAGAGCCGUCGUCAAGGAGAGUCUUCGCUACCGCCCGCCAGUCAUCAUGGUCCCCUACCUCGCGAAGAAAGACUUCCCUGUGUCGCCGGAAUAUACGUGCAAGAAGGGCACCAUGGUCAUCCCCUCGGUCUGGCCCGCGACACACGACCCGGAGGCAUACCCCAAUCCAGACUCAUUCGACCCCGAGCGGUGGAUUAGUGGUGAUGCGGAGGCUCAGGUGAAGAAUUGGCUGGUGUUUGGAACGGGUCCACACUAUUGCUUGGGACAGCAGUAUGCGCAGCUGAAUCUGAUUGCGAUGAUUGGGAAGGCGGCCAUGCAUCUGGAUUGGACGCAUUAUCCGACGGACAAGAGUGAGGAGAUCGAGGUUUUUGCUACAAUUUUCCCGAAGGAUCACUGCCAUCUGACAUUUGUCGACCGUCCGGCGGAGGCUUGA